CAAAACAAUAUGGUGGGAUAGUUAAAUAUCAUUCUUUAUUGAAUGAAACCCAUCUCUUAAUUACCGAUCCAAAACUCGUACAAAUGAUAUUGAUGAGUCGUUCGUAUGAAUUUCAAAGGUUCGACGUGAAUAAAGCUAUAAUCAAGGAGUUUGUUGGUGAAGGUAUUAUACUUUCUGAAGGAGAUUCUCAUAAACGACAAAGAAAAAUGAUGUCUCCUUCAUUUUCUUUUGCCAAUGUCAAGGAAAUGACUCCAACAUUUGUUCAAGCUGGCCAUAAUUUAAAGGAUAUCUGGAUGAAAGAAAUUGGUAACAAGAAAGAGAAAAGAAUUACGAUUACGGCUGUAAUUUCAAAUGUAACUUUGGAUGUUAUUGGCCUUGUUGGAUUCAACUACAAAUUUAAUUCUACAACUACAGAGUCUGAAUUAUCUAAAGCAUACAAGUUUGUAACUAGUCGUAAUCAUACGCCUUUAUUCAUAGUUCUUUCCAACCUCCUUCCGUUUCUCAGAAAAUAUCCAACACCUGAUAACAAUAAACAUUAUGAAUCUCUCAAAAUUAUUUAUAAUAUUUCUGAGAAACUACUUGAUGAUCAAAAAAAUAACCCUGUUCGAGGAACAGACUUAUUGUCAUUAUUAGCAAAAGCAAAUGUUAACUUGCCCGUUGACCAACAAUUAACUCAUUAUGAGUUAAUUAGUCAGAUUAUGACAUUACUCAUAGCUGGACAUGAGACCACCAAUCUUACAUUAUCUUGGGCACUAUACUUUCUCGCAGCAAAUCCUGAAAUUCAAGAUCGUCUUCGCAACGAAAUACUUGAUAUAUUUCCUGAUCGUGAUUAUCAUCCAACUUUUGAUCAAAUUGAACAAUUGAAAUUUUUAGAAUGUGUCUUAAAGGAAGUUUUAAGAAUCACCCCGCCUGUGCCUGCACUCUUUCGUAUUAAUGUAAAAGAUGAAAUGUUUAAUGGUUACCUUAUUCCAAAGAAUACACCAUUGACGAUCCCC